AUGCUUAUACUUAUAGUAAUCUAUUCGAACUUGGCACUCAAUUAUCCGAUAGCGACGUAUUUGGGUUUUUUCAUUCUCAUUCUCAUUCUCAAACCAAUAUCAAUUUCUGAAGAAUUCUUUUCUCAACUUCCUUCUUCAUCUGUUCGUCUUCUUCAAACGGUUUUCAAUAUGUAUUUUCAACAUGGUGAUAUUUCCAAAGUGAAAUUUCUUUUUGAAAAGAUUAAACGAGAUGUUAUCAAUUAUGCUUCAUUAAUGAAACUAUACAAUGAUCAAAGUCAACCAGAGAAGACUUUAAAAUUAUUUCAAAGAAUGAAAAAUGAAAAAAUUGAAAGAGAUUCAGUUGUUUUCGUAUUAGUAAUUAAUGCUUGUGUAGAUAUUCGGUUUUCGUCGUUAUCUCGAUCGAUUGUGAAACAAAUUCCACAAUAUUUGCUUGAUGAUCAUUGGUUGCAAAGAUCACUCAUAUACAUGUGGGUUCAGUGGAGGAAGCCACAACGAGUUUUCAGUCGAAUUGCUCAACCGAGUAAUGUGGCUUUUUCAGCAAUGAGUAGUAUUUCAAUUGUCAAUGCUUAUGAUUGGAAUCGAAGAGGCAAAGAAGCAAUUGAAUUAUUGAGUCAAGUUUCAAUGAAAACGAUAAAUGAUCAGAUUCAUGUUUGUGUAUUAAAUGCAUGUUCACAUUUGGGUUUGAUCAAAGAAAGUGAAGAAAUCUUCUAUGGAAUUCCUUAUGACAAACGAACGGAAAAGAUCUAUGCUGCUAUGGUUAGUAUGAGAACGACAAUUUUAUCGAGCGUCUGGAAUAAAAAAGACGCUAUGUUAGCUCAAAGAAUAUUCGAUCGUAUUCCCCUAGUAUUAUCUGAUCAAAAUAUUUGUCAUCAACUAGAUCAGUUAAAAAGUGAACUAAUUCAACAUGACUAUCAAGUUGACGAAUCUUGGGUAUCAAGAUCACUGGCUGAUGGUGAGACAAACGAAUAUGUUCGAUGGGAGCAUUCGGAGGAACUUACUAUUGCUUUUCGAUUGAUUCAAAAACCAAAACCGUCUUUCAUUGAAAUAGUAAAAAAUCUUUGUAUAUGUCAAGAUUGCCAUGAAGCAAUUAAACUAAUAACUAAAAUUCAUUAA